AUGGGUCUGGACAUUCUCAAAUUCCCCGACUUGAACAGUCGCAAGGGCACGUAUCGCGCCUAUCACUUGAGUGCCAUCAUCUUCAUCUCGUCCUUCCUGUCCGGCUAUGACUCUGGCGUGGCCGGAGGAGUGCUCACCUACAAGCCCUUCCAGAAGGACUAUGGCUAUAGCUCCGGCACCGAGUCUGAAGUGAGCUCGCUCACUGUCGGCCUGAACCAGCUGGGUUCUUUCCUGGCCUGCUUCGUCUUCUAUCCCUUGACCAACAAGUAUGGCCGGAAAUACACCAUUGCGCUCGCCGCCUUCAUCUACGUAAUCGGCACCAUGAUCCAGACCAUCAACACACACUCCCUGGCCGCCUGGUACGUUGGCAGGAUCGUGGCCGGCGUUGGCAUGGGGGGACUGAGUGUGGUCGUCCCCAUGUAUUCCGCCGAGAUGACCCCCAAGGAAAUCCGCGGACGCUGCGGAUCUUUCUAUCAGUGGAUGUACACAUGGGGCGUGAUGGCGGCUUACUGGAUUGACUAUGGCGUCGCCAAAAGCCCUACCAUCUCCAAAACCUCGCGCGAAUGGCAGCUCCCAAUCGGCCUAGAACUCGUGCCCAGCGGGAUUCUCUUCCUGGCCAUGUUCACUCUACCCGAGUCGGUUCGGUGGCUACUCAGCAAGAACCGCGCCGACGAAGCAUGGAAGUCCCUAAGCUGGAUCCGAGGCGACGAGGGCCAAAAGACCCUCGACGAAUUCAACGAGACGCAAGCCGGUUUGCGCGCCGAAAAGGCAGCCAAGGACAACUUCACCAUCCGCGAGCUGUGGCACCCGUCCAACCGCAUGCGUUUCUUCGUUGGUCCGACCAUGUUCAUCUUCCAGAACACGACUGGAAGCAGUGCCCUCGCCGUCUUUGCGCCCCAGUACUUCAAGUUGCUAGUCGGGGACUCGGGGAAUCGUGACCUGCUCCUGACCGGUCUUUUUGGCGCCAUCAAAGUCGUCGGUUGUACCUUUUUCAUCUUUUUCAUGGCCGAGCAGUUCUCCCGCCGUACGCUGUUGGUUGGUGGAGCCACAGGCAUGGCUAUUUGCAUGCUCAUCAUCACGUUGAUUGUCCGCUUUGAUCCGACGCAGGGUGGUGACAAUGUGACCAAUGCUGGUCGCGCGACUGUCGCCAUGAUGUACCUAGACAUUGUGAUAUACAACUGCUCCUGGGGCCCUGUUCCCUGGGCCUAUGUGCCCGAGAUUUUCCCCACGCGCAUUCGCUCGCUAGGCCUGGGAGUCAGCAUGCUGGCGCACUGGGCGACGUCAUUCUGCUUCUCGUUUGCCAGUCCCUACAUGAUCAGCAACAUCGACGAGUACACUUUCCUCAUCUUUAUGGGCUUUGACUUUGUGGCUGCCGUUUUCACGUACUUUUUCGCGCAGGAGACGCGCGGAAAAGUGCUGGAGGCUGCGGCCGGAGUGGAAUAUAGUCUCUAUGAGAAGGAUGAGGUGGCUGUGGUGGAGAAGGGAGUUGAGACUGAGUGA